AUGUUUGAGGGCCCGCUCAUGGAACUGCCUUCUCAGAAGCUAAAGUACCUACAAGCCGUAUGGGAGUUGUUUCACUCAGAGUUAAACUUCCUCCACCACCAACUACUUGUAUUACGGAACGUCUACAAAGAGCCCCUCAAGAAAUGCCAAGUAGAAGGCUGUCUUCUGACGGUUGAACCCGAUCUCCUAUUUGGGAAUCUCGACCAAUUAUGUCGGAUCUCCCGUGGAUUCUGCCAGACGUUCCUCAGCCUUCUGCCGGCAGUAAAUCGCGAAGGAACAGAUUACGAUUGUACAGAUCUAGUAGUGAAGCUCUUCGAAAAGGUAAGCCUUUUUUCGAGUUCCGGUCCUAGAUGCUGGGAGAGGGCGCUUUUGGUUCUCAGCAGCCAAGCCAUGAGUGCUGUUUUAUUCAAAUAUUCCAUGAAGUUCGGGAAAUGA